AUGCUUCUGUAUACCAGAAAGGCACCUCCAAAAGUUCCUAAGAAAAGGUCAAGAGCCGCUAACAUUGGUUGUUAUAAAAGGUUGUAUAUAUUGAAGAAGAAAUGUAACGAGGUGCGACCACGAUGCGAUCGAUGUACAGAUCGAGGUCUGCAAUGCCAAUAUGAAGCAGUAAAGCCACGGAAACGAAGAAGGGCGUCGUCUGCGGAAUCUGCACUUUCGCACGAAUCCGGCUCCCCGGGUUCUGAUCGCGAACAAUGGCCGCGACAAUAUCCACAAAGCCUCAGCAUAAUUACAAAUAAAGAUGUGGAAAAUGUACAAAAUAAAUGGGAGGAAAAAACACAAUAUCCAUUAUCUGCAAUCUCCGAACAUUCGAGUUUUACCUGGGGAAGCUUUUACGAGAAUGACGACGAAGUGGAGGAGAUACCACGGGAAGACCUAUAUGUCAAUUCUCCUCCAGCCGGCACACUCGUUCGAACACAAAGUCAAUACCCAGAUUUAGCAAUGAUUGCUCCUUCGCCGGUUGCUUCUCCUCUUCUCGCAUUUAGUUCACCACUUGUACAACGCGGUAACUCCAGUAUUGUACAUGGCCAUCUGAAAGGAGCGAUGACAAUUAUGAGCUCUAGACAUGAAGAGCAGACUCCAACGAGCAUAUUUCUCGAGCGGGCCUUUCGGUUUUACGAUGUCAUUACGGCUCUUUCUUUAGGUACACCUCCGAAUAGUACGACGCAGCCUACAACAAGUCCAUUCUCUUUUCCAAGUGUACCCGAUGACGAGAACAAAGAUUCACAAUUAAAUUCGGUUGACACACUCCUUGGACUAUCGACAGAACUAUGGCCAAUCAUUCAUCGACUUUCCCAUCUCCUCUCUUACAAAUCUUCUCUCCAAUCCGCCAUUGAAGAUGGUCUGUUGAGUAAGGCUAGCGUUUUGCGGACUGAACUCGAAAGUACAUCUAAGGCUAUAGAAAUGGCUCUGACGAACUGGAAGCCAAGCUUCGUGGCUAAAGGGCCAUCCUCACCUAAGGAAAACGAAGCUGAAGACACUUCUUCAAAGUAUGAUAUCGAUCCCCAGGAGGCACGUAUGCAAACUAUCCUCAACAAUGCUGAAGCAUAUCGUCACUCUGCAUUUGUAUACCUCUAUCGGACCAUUCAUUCCCACCCCAGAUCCCACCCUGUAGUUCAAAAACAUACAAAACUUUCCUUAAUUGCCUGCGCAAACGUCGUUGGCUUAGCCGAGAUGUGCAAUGACGGACCCAUGUCUGCAUUAUUGUGGCCAUUAUUUGUAGCAGCAUGUGAAGCGGAAACUGAAAGCGAUAGGGAAUUGGCGACGAAAGCUUUUGGAAAGACGGAGAGGAGACAAGGAAUGCGGAACAUUAUGCGUGCUUGGGAAGUGGUGCAAGAGGUUUGGAGGAGGGCUGAUGAUGGCACAUAUGAGGAUGGAGAUUGGAGGGGGAUAUGUGAGAGUAGAGGAUGGAAUAUUGUUUUAGGGUAG